CAUGGUCUGAGGCAGAUGCCUCACCUGUCAGCCGCGCGGGCUCCUGCACUUGGCUCUCGCCACUCGGCACUCGUCAGGCUGGGGCGGAGGCGGCCGGGUCACCAUGAUACAUUUCAUAUUGCUCUUCAGUCGACAAGGGAAAUUACGGCUGCAGAAAUGGUACACAACUCUCCCUGACAAGGAAAGGAAGAAGAUCACCCGGGAGAUUGUUCAGAUUGUGCUCUCUCGUGGUCAGAGGAUGAGCAGUUUUAUUGACUGGAAGGAGCUAAAACUUGUUUAUAAAAGGUAUGCUAGCUUAUACUUUUGCUGUGCAGUAGAAAGUCAGGACAAUGAGCUCUUGACACUAGAGAUUGUGCAUCGUUAUGUGGAGUUGCUGGACAAGUACUUUGGAAAUGUCUGUGAACUGGAUAUUAUCUUUAAUUUUGAAAAGGCUUAUUUUAUCCUGGAUGAAUUUAUAAUAGGUGGAGAAAUUCAGGAAACGUCCAAGAAAUCUGCUGUCAAAGCCAUUGAAGAUUCUGAUAUGUUACAGGAGACCCUGGAAGAGUACAUGAACAAGCCGACGUUUUGACUGUGCACCUUCUUGAAGUCUCUGAGUGCUGCAUGCUCUGGCCUUACAAAGAAGCAACGCCCCGCCUCCAGUCAUUGGACAGAGCCUCCAGCACCAUGCCAAAAAUAACUUAAAAGGGAUUUUUUGUUAACUAGCAAAAUUUAAAGUUGUUUAACAUAUUUAUCAUUAUUACACUGCCUGUAUUAUACUGUAUAUGACUACUUAUUGUAGCUCUGGAUGUUCACACAACAGCCUCAUGACUCAGUAGACUGAACAUUUGUUUGCAAUGUGUUAACUCCAUGUAAUUUUUCUAAGCUAAUUUAAAUACAUUUAUUGUGGUACUUUUUUUUGCUCCAUUUGGUCCUCUACUGACAGGCUGAGAACUGUAUUGUAAUAAUCCGUGCUUUAGCAUGUAAAGUAGCAAUACUUUUUCUAAAGAUUUAGCUUUUAAAACUGUCUGAUUGGUAAUUCAAAAUUAUGUUAAUGGUUCAGAGUUCAUAUGUAAUGCUAGACAUUUUUUUAAAAAAUAUAUAUGAUUUUAUUGAUUUUAGAGAGAGAAGAAGGGAGAGGGGAGAGAGAGUGAGAAACAUGGAUUGACUGCCUCCUGCACGGCCCCCAUAGGGGAUCGAGUCCCCAACCUGGACAUUGAGCCUCCAACUGGGGCAGGUGAUGUGACUGGGAAUAAAAAUGGCAACCUUUUGGAGCACGGGACAAUGCCCAACAAACUGAGCCAUACCGGCCAGGGCAGUGCUGGACAUUUUAAAUACACUUGAUAAUAAUGAAAUUUCAGCCCAGAUACAAUGUAUCUGCUUUUAAUGUCCUGAACUUAUUUAUUUUUCAGGGUUGGAAUGAAGGAAAAGAACCAAAGAUAGUAUAAGAACCAAAGAUAGUUGUGUUUUUGAGGCCUUGGAAGCUGCUCUCUUGGCUGAGGUUUUAAUUUCACCUUUUAAUUUAAUAUAAGGGAUAGUAUAAUGAGGUCAUGUUUUCUACAAACUCUAUAUAUUGAUUAAGGUUUUUAGACAUCUGGAGAUACAGUGUCUAUGACUUACUUCCCUUAUUAUAAAAAUAGUAUAAUAGAGGAAAAUAACAAUAGUAAUAAUUGUUAUUAUUAUUACUAUUUUAAUGAUCUUUAUGUUACAAAGCACUCUUAGUUGCUGGAGAGAUUUUGUUUUAACUAUGUUUUAAGGUAUUUUUAAGAUAUUUGAAGACUUACUGUUUAUUAGGCUUACUUAAAGCAUUUGAUACAGGGUGGGAAAAGUACGUUUACCGUUGUUCAUAUGGAAAGUGAUAUAAUUAUCUAUAAUAAUAAAAGCAUAAUAUGUUAAUUAGACCUGACGGCCAAACAGCAGGACGACCUUCCAGGCGAAGCCGGGGCUACCACAGCCGAGGCAGCCACCUGGGUUGCAAGGGCCAAGCCCCUCUAGUUAAUAAAUGAUAAUAAAGUAAUAAACUCUGUUUCUCAUAUUCACAACUGUAACUCCUACUUUUGCCCCACCCUGUAUUGUUGCUGUAUGGUAGAUGCCUUUUCUCCUCUUUUCUUUCCUCACCCCCGAAGAAAAUAUUUGCUGCUGACCAUCAUUAUUGUGAAUAUGUCACAUUCAUGCUUUCUGGAAUGAAAGUUCUAUAUAACCAGGUAGUGAAUGUGAUCAGACCUUGUAUGGAAAUAGCUUGCAAUGCUUUUAUCCUAGUGCCCACUUCUGAUGUCUUACCUGUGCAUUUUCAAUGUUAGUGCUGAGGUCUGAUAUCAUUCACACUGCAGUGGGUAGGGAGUGCUUUUUCUAAGAGUGUGCCUGCUAUUGGAUCCUCUAGAUCCCAUAGGGUAGACCUUUAGAGACCAUGAGGGAAAAAUGUUCUCAUUGAGUAAUCUUGGCAGAGAUGUUUAGGAAAGAAUGGCAAGACAGCAGUACAGAAGCAAAAAUGGACCAGUUCCUCAAUAUAACUAUCAUUAAAUGGAAAUAACUCAGAUUAGCGUAUGAAGUAAUUAUUGGGCUUUCAAUAUCUAACAUUUCCUCAGUUAAUCAUGUAAUUACAAUGAUGGCAUCAGAUUGAAGUUUAUAAUUUCUGAUCACUUUGUUUACCUAAGUUCUUCAGUUUGUGAUUUUGCUUUCAUUGUUAUUAUAUGGUGGAAUCCUAUUUUUUUAAAACAGUUUUGUAAAGAUGGACUUUGAACCUCAUUUUUAAAUACAUGGACAAAGUAGGGCCACUGCCCAGAAUUUCUGUUUCAUAUUAAAAUACAGAUUAGAGACUACCUAGCUAUAGAUGGGGCUCCUUAGGCUUUAUGUCAGCAUCACACAUAGAAAAUGAACAUAACAAUAUGGCACGCUGGGGUAAAUUUGAGGGAUUUUGGAGACAUCUUACAUGAGCCUUGGUGAAAAUAAUCCUUAUGUUUUCUUUGUAAUGUAUAAUUAUAAUAAAACUAC